GAAACAGCCUGGCGACCGUGAUCUCCUCCCCGAUCCCUCCCCUUUCCUAUCGUGUCCGCGCCCUCCCCGAUCCCCUCUCCCUUUCCUAUCGCGUCCGCCCGAGCGCCGUCGAUCCAUGCGCCCCAAUCCCCUCCCUAGAUGUCUGCGUGAGCGCCGUCGAUCCCCUCCCUGGACGUCCGCGAAAGCGCCCCUAUCCUGGAAGUCUGCGCGAGCGCCGUCCGCAGGCGCUGACGUCCACGCCAGCGCCGUCCGUGAGAGUGUCGUCCGCGGGCGCUGACAUCUGCGCGAGCGCUGCGAUCUCGGCCGCGGCCGCGACCUCUCGACUGCCGUCAAAGUCGCUGCAACGAGCCCCGUCGCGGCCAUCUAUGGAAGAGAGGGACCCCCUCUCUGGACGAUAGCACCGUCGGACCCGCGGCCACCUCCCUGGACGAGGGUGUCUCCAAGGUCAGGCGCUCAGGUCUUUAUCGGUCCCCUCACCAGGUCUUCGUCGGGCCCUCAUCGGCGACGAGCACCCCACGCUGCUGCCAUGGCCGACAACUCCAGUGACACCAACCCACCCCGUCAUCGCUCGUCUGUGAAUACUGCAGCCACCGUGCACUCAUAGCAAGUCCAUUCAGCCGUGCUCGCCGUCCCGCCGCUGCAGCUCACCCCACCUGCGCGUUGAUUUUUAAUGUUUAAUAGACUGAAGAUUGAUUUUCUUUCUAACCAUAAUCAGGCUUCAAGGGUCUUACAGAUGGAGAGAAACAGCCUUGAGCACCUAUUGCUUCACUUUUGUGGGGUGACAGCAAAGAAGGAAUAUCAAAAUGCAGACUGGAGGUCAAGGCCACUUCCUGAUGAAAUGAUCAAGUAUUGUAUGCUAGAGAAGAUACACACUAUCUGCUGUACAUAUAUUCCUAUGACUUAAUGAGACAGAGACUACAGAGGGAGUCAACAUUUGAAAAUGAUCUUCUUCUAGAGGUCCAUAAGCGCAGUAAUGAAAUUUGCUUACAGUUCUAUGAGAAGGAGCUUCUGACAGAUACGUCCUAUCUCCACAUAUACGGGUUGCAGGAACAUGAACUGGAUGCAAAACAGCUGGCUGUUGUUGCUGCUCUACAUGAGUGGAGAGAUAGUAUAGCUCGUCAGGAAGACGAAAGUACUGGUUAUAUACUGCCAAAUAAGGCUUUUUUGUUAUUAUGGUGCAAAAUUAGAUAUGCGACUUCGCUGACUCCGCCACCCCUUUUUUUUAAUUCAAAAGCAAAGCAGAUGCCUACAGAUGUUGGACAUUUGAAAAGAAUUGUGAAAUCAAAAUGUCCAUAUGUUGAGAGCAAUCUUGAGCUAAUUGCUUACACUGUCUGGAAUGCACUUAAGUAUUCUUAUGCCUUUGAAGGAAUAGCUGAGCAACUAAAAAAGGAACGGCUGGAACAGUUGGCAUUGAAAAGUGGUCAGGCCAGUGAUGAAGUGACUCCAUUGGAUGCUGACAUUGAUAGGAGUAAUUUUGAUUCAUCUGAUCAGUCUGCAAAUAUCAAUGUUGCUUCUGGCAGUGGGGCUGGUUUUAUGAGUGAAGCAGCUUUGAUCAGCAGCAUCCACCUAGAGGAUAAAACUCAAACCAUAUCCUCAGUUAAGACCUCUGAGACCUUGUCAGGCCUGAUCAGACUAGUGAAUAAGGAUGUCCUGAGCAAUAAUAUACAUCAGCAGGCACUACAUUAGUCGAAGCAUCGCUCCCAGGUCACAGCGCCACCGUGUUUGAUGCUGUGAUGUUGUGCCGCUCGACUCUAGCUCUGUCACUGCCGCCUGACAAUGGGAAGGCCACGUCACUCAACCUCAGUGCCACUACCACCGUCCGACACGGGGAGGCCGUGCCGCUACCAUGCAAUGCUAAUAUUUACAUAUAUACUCCAACCUUGAUAUGGAGAUUUUAUAAGAGAUUUUUCAAGACAUGUGUACUAUCCAUGUGACGGGCACUAAUAUUUACAUAUAUAGUCGAAGAAUGGUACGAAGAUGCGGUGAAAUUUAUUUGUGGAUUUAUUGGCGCAUGAAAGAAAUAGAUAUCAGAAAUUUCUUGCAGAUAUAAAACAUUAUCUUAGCAACAUCA